AGGUCGAACCAAAGUGUUCAUGGAGUUCGGCCAGCUCCAACAAAGAAUUCCCCACAAUUUCUCUACCUUCCAAUUUUUUAAUCAACAUUGUAAUAGCGCGAAAUAAUUAUACAAUUUUUAUCCCCGGAAUUUAUCCCGCAACAGAAAAAAUUCUCGGGUAUUUAAACUCAUCUAUAUUAAAAGAGUCAAAACCAUCUGUUGCGCGUCAAGUGAAAAAACCUCGAGUGUCAUUAGUGUUUUGUGGGUGACACACUCUUCUCGUGACUGAUGACAGGAAAAAUCAGCUGUCCAAAUGAGAUUAUUUAAAUUUGAUAAAAAUGAUCGCUCGAAUCGAAUAAAAACACAAGUUUUUUUAAAAAUAGCAGUUCAUCUUCUCUUUGAAACUCCUCGAUAAAUUUCUAUCGUAAAGAAACAAUGGAUGAUACAGAGACAAAAAAAAAUCUACAACGAUAAAGUAAACUCCAUGAUACUCAACAUAACUUUCAUUGAUUGGUGGAUGAGUAAUUCGAGAGUUAUUACCCGCAUGUAACUCCAGACGAGAGAAGAAAUGAAUGCAGUCGUUAUUCGUCUUCAACUCACAACAAAAUAAUUUCCUCUUCCCAGAAAAGGGCAUAAACUCGAUGGAUAAUUCCUCAUGGAUCUACCAACGAUUUCCCUGAACCCAUAAGAGAAUUCAUAAUGGAGGUGAAACCAAUUCCAAAGCCCCGAUCAACAUUUUCCAGUCAACCAGUUCCAGCACCAAGAACCCACGUGCCUCCGCCAGUCCCUCGUUCAUUAAGUCCAUCAUUAUCAACGACAUCAGAGAAAAGUGAUGAGAAAUCCUCAUCGGAGUGCCGUAGCUCGAGCUCCGAGAGAUCGCUCUUCAGGAACUUGGGUAAUUCAUCAAGACAAUUAAAGGAUGAAAUAUCCGAGAAGAUGACGGUGAAGGGUAAAGCUGUGAUAUCGAGCACUAGAAAUGCGAGCAUUCGCCUGGAGAAAUCAGUGAAGAACCUGUUGACACGGAGACUGACGUCGACCAACGAUCACGACUCGGUUGACAGUGACAACAAGAAGAAGAAUGAAGAUCGGUGUGUGUCAAUGCCAGGGUGUGAUGACAUUUUCAGUUCAAUUUCAUUCUACAGCCCUUUGCAAUCGAAUUUGAAGUCAAUGAGAAAUGAAGAGGAUCUCACUGAGGCUCGAUACAGUCCACCCCCACCAGUUUAUCCACCUCCUCCACUUCCGGAUGAAUCAAUAUAUGACGAAUUGCAGUCAGUGACUUCCGGUAGAAGCAGUCGAUAUGAUACACUGAGUUCCACAGUUUCUGAUCGGCUCCAUGAUGAUCACAUCCCAGAGAACUGCAAGAGUGACUCUGAUCAGAGUUUAAAUCUCUCAGAGACAACAGCUGAUGUUAAACGCCUCUCGAGAUCAGAUUCCUGGACCUUUUACGAUUCAACGUCUGAGAAACAGCUGGCGGAUGCCAUUCCAGAAGAGGUGGUGAGAGAAAUCGACGAUCAGAUCGGACAGCGAAAAAAAUGUCACGACGAACGGAGAGUACCUGAGGAAUUGAGCGAGCCUGAUAUUCUCACACCUCUCACACCUCUCACACCUACUGCUAGCAGUUUAUCCGUGAGGAACUCGUUGUACGAGAACUGGACUCCAAGGGCCUUUCGGGAUGAUGAAGUGAGAAUGAACAGCAAGUCACUGCUCUUCGAGUUCGAUCCCUUUGCGAGGAGUGAUGAGAAUACUUAUGGGAAUUAUGAGAGUAAUGACCUGAUGCUGCUGGAGGCUCUGCUAGCCACCAAUGAAUCAACGAGUAGUGAUGGGAGUCUGGCGGAUCUUCAGGAACAUGACAAUGAGUCUGACGAGCUUGACAAUGACGGAGAAAAAUCCCCAGCUCCAGCUGUACCUCGGAGAUACGAUUCUCUACCUAAAAAUGAGUACGACGAGGUGGAGAUGGUAGAGGCUCCCCAGGUGCCAGAGAAAACCACAAAAAAUCCAGCUCUUCUCCCCAAACUCGUGAAUUUAGGGAGGAGAAAGCAACCAGCUGUUCCUCCCAGAAAACCACAGCUUGAAGUUCCUCCAGGAUCUCCAGGACCUCUGGAGUCUCCAGGAAAACCUCUGGCUGAUAAAAAAACAUCAGUGAUGCAGAAGUUGAAAAAAUUACACGAUUCUACUGUUCACGUUAAACCAAAUGUUAUAAAUUUUAUAAAAAAUAAAAAAUUGUUGCGCGUUGGGAGGGAGGGAGAGGGGAAGAGGGGAAUUGAGAGUCAGAGGAUGAGGAGACCGAUUAUUGAGGAACAAGUUGUGCCAGUUUGUCAUCGGGGAAUUGUUUAUCGUCCUGGGGUGGGAAUUGAGAGGGCGAGAGAUCUCGUAAUGCGAGCUGCUGUUUUGAGUGAUCAAAAAAUUUGUUUCUACACUGAUAAAGCCAUGACCACGGUUAAAGAGUCUCUGGCACUUGAUAGUGUGCAGAGUGUACAUCUUCUCCAGGAUGUCAAAAUCGUCGAUGGGGAAACGGUACACUGUAUUGCAGUGAGUUCUGAGGGAAAACCCGGUGUUCACGUAUUUUAUGCGAAGAGCAUAACCGAGCGAAGAAUUUGGGCCCAGAGAAUUUUGGAAGCUCUGACUCCCGUUUUUCCGGUGAAAUACACAUCCGAUUUGACUCGAGCUGGUUGGGCUUAUCUCAAGGAAGGUGUAACAGGUGUUUGGUUCCCAGCUUGGGUUCUUCUUCAGCAGAGAACAUUAAUUUACACGCGUUCAUUUGAACCAUUGGAAUUUGAAAAAUUGGACCUGAGGAAAGCUCGAUGUAUUUUACUGAGGGAUCAGGAGGGACCGAUUCCAAGUCAGGGGAACGUUCCAGUGGUAGUUAUCGAUGGGGUGCGUGCAGCCCUUCAUUUGACUGCCCCAGGAACCCGAGAAGUCGCUGUCUGGAGACAUGCACUUUAUCAAGCUGCCACCACCUGUGGUCCUGCUCUAACUGACCAACAACUCACUCAAGAAAAUGUACCCGUUAUUCUCGACAAGUGCAUCAAUUUUAUUUAUGCACACGGAAUAAUGUCCGAAGGAAUAUACAGAAAGGGUGGAUCAAGCAGUGCAGUAGUUCGAUUACUUGAGGCAUUUAGAAAAGACGCGUGGGCAACGCAAAUCACUCGGGUCUCAUAUUCCGAACACGAUGUGGCAACAGUACUCCGCAGAUUCCUCCGAGACUUACCAGAGCCACUUUUACCCACGAGUAUUCAUGAUUCCCUGUGUCGAGCCAUUGAUGUUUGUGAUGAUGAGGAACGAGCAAACGCCUACAGAAAAAUCCUCUUUCCUGUGCUGAAUGCGGUAUCUGGUUCCACAUUGAGACGAAUAUUGGGACAUCUGCACUGUCUGAGUCAACAGAAUUCCAGGAAUCUGAUGACUGUGGAGAAUAUAUCAGCGGUUUGGGGACCAACACUGAUGCACGCCGGUGGUAAAAGUGCUGAGGAGUGGAAUAAAUCAGAAACACUAGUCGUUGGUGAUUUGAUUCGACUGUACACAAAACUCUAUCAACUGUCAGCUGAAGAUCUGAUGAAAGAGGCGAAAAUUCUUGAAGUACUUGAACGUCAUCAUGCCUCGAAUAAUGGAGUACGUGGUGCACCCUCUGGUGACUUAAAAAUCUGGAUUUAUUUAUUUGGAAAAGAGGGCGAGUGUUGUAACGUGACGAUUGGACCCCAGAAGACAGCAUCAGAUAUCUGUAAGGAGUUGGCAGAGAAAACUGCGAUUUCGGUGCACGAAUUGUCCCUGGAGGAGUCGAUUCUCGAUGGAGCUCUUCACAGGCCUCUUCAUCAUGCAGAGAAGGUCCUCGAGGUUGUGGCUAGGUGGGGCUACUGCGAUUCAGAGGACCGGAAAAAUAAUAUUCUUCUUUUGAAGAAGGAUAGGCUCUACAGGGACAUCGUUCCCAGGAUAAAACCACCCAUGACUGCCUCUGGGGAACUCAAGUUCGCUGACACGAAGUCGAAGUGUUUCAAGAGCUAUACCUUCGAGUUCAGCCAAGCAAAGCUGUGCUGUUACAAGGAUAAAGCCUGUGCUGUCAAGCUUCACGAGUGGAAGAUUGAAGAUAUCAUCUGGUAUUUGGGACAUGAGCCCAAGAGAAAUCCACAAAUGGGGUGGUCAAUCACUUUUUUAUUGAAGAACGAAGAACGAACGAGAACUAAAGACUCUCCAUUUUUCGGUUAUACACUGGCUGGUGCCUCUGUUGUAGAUCAAUAUAAAUGGCUAGCAGCGAUGCUCUUUGGUGAACAUCAGAUGGAUCUUUUUCCAUCAGCUGUCAACUUAAUGGAUCCAUAGUUUUCUAUUUUUAUCCAAUUGCUAUCACUCCAUAUUUAAUUCACCGCUUAGUUUAUCAUUGCAUAUCUAGAAUAUAAUAUAUACACGAAUAUUUUUUAAUGUACGCUGAAUUUUCUUGCCCGGAGCUUUUGAUAUGAUUCUGUAUAGAUGCCGUUUAGUGCUCAAUCCACAAACAGUGAGACACCAAAGAAUUGGAAUUCACUUUUUAUCGAAAAAUAUCUGUGAUUGACCGAAGAAUCUAAAUAUUCAACAAGUAUUACGCAGAGAUUUAUAUUUCCUCGAUAACUCGAUAAAAACGUAGACCGUAAUGUGAGGUGCCUUAAAAAAUUUAUAUCGAAGAGAUUCAUAUUUUAAUCGAUCGACCUGAUCUGUCAACUAAAUAAACAAUAAAUUAUGAUAAAAAAAAGUGUUUUUAUUCAGUAGUUUGAUUUGGAUUAAUGAGCAUUUGUUAUGACGAUACGAAAAAUCUGUCACUAAAACCGAUAAAAAUUCCUCAUCAAUUACAAACAAUAAAAAAAGUCAUGAAUUACACAAAUUUCCUGUAUAAUUAAAUGUACAAAUCACACCAACAGCAUUCACACCUUUAAUAUCUAAAAUACUGGUCCACAUUCGAAUAUAUCAUCAGU